AUGACCCUGUUUAUGGCGAUAUCAAUGAUGAACCAUACGCAGGCAGAGGAGUCAAUGAAGCCAAUCCUAGACUUUGCUCUCCAUUCUGGUACCACUGCGUCCCAAAAUCUGACAACCUUUGCCGGAUUUGGAGAGUUGAUGCAGAGUAUGGACACGCUGGAGACCAUGUCGCUAAACCACUAUCAAGCGGCUGCCUCCAUGUCGUCGCGUAUUGGUCCCCAUGUCAAUUUUCAGGGGACGGCUAACAAACACAGGCUCGUUGAGGUGCUCAAUGAUAUUAUGCUUACCCUUGAUCAGAAGACUAAUUCUUCACUUUCACUGCCCCCGCUACUUGUCUGCCUCACCACUCCAUUCAUGUACUCGAAGCACCUUCCGGAUAUGGAUCAAGACGGUGGCCCCGGAUCCUCUCGGUCACACUCGCGUGGCGUGAUGGAUUGUGGCAUGUCAUUUAUAAACGAGCAUGGGCAGAUGAGAAUGAACCAUCUACCGUAG